AUGGGUUGUAUAUGUGUAACUAUACCAAGAAAAAACUAAAUUAUGCCAAUGCAUACUAGAAAUAAGGAUUUAGUGUUUACUUCGACUGAAGACAUUUCUAAAAUAUAUGUUUUUGGUAAAGUACUAGGAGUAGGGUCAUUUGGAAAAGUUAUAGCUGCUAAAAUGAGGAGUAAUCCAAUGAAAUAAUAUGCUAUUAAAAUUAUAGAGAAAAAAAAAGUAAAAGGCAGAGAAGACAUCUUGGCUAAUGAAAUAUAUAUUUUGUAAAAGUUGGAUCAUCCUAACAUUAUCAAAUUUCAUGAAGUUUAUUAAAAUAGAAUGAACUUUUAUAUUUGUAUGGAUUAUUGUAAAGGUGGAGAAUUAGUUGAAUGGAUUCCUAAAAAGUAUAAAAGUUUUCAUGAAAGAAACAUUUAGGAAAUAAUGAAGAAGGUAAAAGACCAUAUAAUUAUUUAGAUAAUAUCUGCAGUAGCAUAUAUACAUGGUUAAGGAAUAGUACAUAGAGAUAUUAAAGCUGAAAAUAUAAUGAUUACAAAUAAGAAGGAUGAUGCUGAACCAAAAUUAAUUGAUUUUGGCUUAGCAAAUAAAUUUGAUACAUCAAAGUUACGUCGUUUAAAAUCUUUUGUUGGAACUCCAAUGUAUAUGGCUCCAGAAGUUAUUUAAGGAAAAUAUGAUGAAAAAUGUGAUAUUUGGUCACUUGGUGUUUUAUUAUUUACAUUACUCUCAGGUCAUAUGCCUUUUCAUGGUGAAACAAAAGAAGAACUAUAUGAUAAUAUUUAAAGAGCUAACGUAAAAUAUUAUAAAAAUGUAUUUUUAGAUUACCUUCACAUAUAAUGCGUGGAAAAAUGUGAGUGAUAAUGCAAAAGAUAUCAUAAGAAAAAUGUUGCAAAAGAGUCCAAACCUAAGACCAUCAGCAAUAAAUUUAUUAAAACAUGAAUGGUUUACAAAAUUGGCAGUUUUUGAAGAAAAACAAAUACUUGAUCAUCAAAUUUCACAAAAAGGCUAAGUAUCACCUUCAAAUUCUAAUUCUGAUAACAGAUCUAUUUAUUAGAUGUUAAAACAGACAUCUUCAAAAGGUGGAAGUAAAUUUAGAAAGGAAGUUAUGACAAUUUUAGUGAAAUAAUUAAAUGAAUAAGAAUUGAGUAAUCUCAUAGAAAAGUUUAAAUAAAUAGAUGUUGAUAAUUCAGGAACAAUUACAAUAUUUGAAUUAAGAUAAGCACUUAUUGCAGAAGUAUAUAUUUAUAUAUUUAUAAAUAGGGAUCACCUGCAUCUUUUGAUGAAAUUGAAAAAUUAGUUGAGAAUAUAACACCUAGAAAUAGUUUUGAUGUAAAAAAACGAUCUAGACCAUCAGUUGAAUUAAAAUAUAGUGAAUUUUUGGCAUCUUGCAUUGAUGAAAGGAAGUUUUUGACUAGAGAGAAAGUAUUAAUUAUAAUAAUAUUAUUAGUUAUGGUCAUUAUUUAAGUUUUUUGAUACUGAUAAUUCAAAUUAUAUUACAAAAGAUGAUAUUAAGGAAGCUUUUGCAAGAAAUGCAAAGGCAUUUACAGAUGAUUAGAUUGAGGAAAUGAUUUAUGAAAUAGAUCCUAAUCAUGAUAAUAAAAUCAGUUUUGAAGAAUUCUGUUAAAUGUUUGAUAAUGCUGGAAUCUAUUAAAAAUUAGAUGAUGACGAUGAAAUAAUAGAAACUUGA